AACUUUGAUAAUAUCAACACUCCACUCAUUAAAUUUCGAAGGUAUUAUUCAUUGGAAACAUUUGAAAAAUGAGUGUUAAGAUACUAACAGUUAUGGCUGUAGCAUUAAUGCUAUUCAACGACUCUUUAUUUAUCAAAACUGCUCAGCUCAAUGUAUCGACUGAUGCACCUCUUCUAUCACAAGUAAAUCGGACUUCAAAAGAACUACAAGAUACAUCUAAAUUGGUUCAGGAUAUAAGUGUAGAACUUAAAACGUCUGGUCGGAAGUCGACUCCUGAAGAUUACAAUACAUUUUCGUCUUUGACGUCCGAUGUUUUUGUUGAGACUCCGUCAUCAAUUUCCAAUCCUAAAUUGUACCCUUCGCUAACAACCAGUAUGCCGGCAUUUGUAACUCGUGGCAGGUAUAUCAGAAAUCCGUUCUUCUUCAGCAAGGAUGAUCAAGAAGUUGAAUUCGAAGAAGAUCAACAUGCCGAUGUUCUGUUAAAUAGUGGAUUUCCGAAAUGGAAUAGGUAUAAUACCAAUCAUAGACAGUUAAAUAAGUAUGGGCCAACGCCAAUCGAAACAGACAUUACUGUCGACGAAGACGGAUCAACCGGUUAUGGAAGCACGUUCGACUUUGGCGGUGGAGGCGGUAACGUGGGGGCUUCUAGUUACGAUUCUGGUAGUUACCGAAACCCAAACAACGGAUGGUCAGGUGGAGACAUGAUGGAGUGGUACAGCGAUCCUGUACCACAGUCAUCGCGCCCCGUUCCAAUAAUUGCCGAAAUUCGGCAUCCUAGCAAACACAAAAUGUCCAUCGAUGUGACCAAAAUAGGUCUAUUAGCGUUGGUCAAGAUCGCGUUGGCCAAGUUGAAAGCACUGGGUUUCAUUAAGGCUAUGUUGCUCAUGUUGUUCAAACUCAAACUCCUCAUACUCGUACUGGCCAUCAAGGCUCUGAUGCUGAUGAAAAUAGUGAAAAUGACCCUAUUUCUUCCAGCUCUCUUAUCAAUCUUUACGUUCCCGAUGAUCUUAUCGCGGCUAACGAACAUGCACUCGUUACUAAGCCAGCCGGUUUUAGUACCGAAUAACUUUGGCAUGAACCAGGGGGGUACCCCGGGUGGAAAUGCACCGGGAAACGGGGGCGGGAGUGACGAUGGGGGGGAUGAUGACGGAAAAAGAAGGAGUCGUCUAGACCAGUUGGAAAUAAUGGGAACUGGAAUGACCAGCUUUAGACAAAUCAUGCGGACGGAAAAAUGCGUAGAGAGAGUGUCUUGCCGUAUGGCUGGUGCAGAACGACCGAGUUGGAUACUCAUUUGGUUGAAUUGGGCGGCAUCACCUAUAUCGAACUAUAUACCGAGCAAGAAAAUAAGAUCUUUUGUUUCAACAUUUACUGAAGUGACCAAUUUUCGUUUAGAUAAUUUAUACACAAGAUUAUUGCCUAGUAACUGGACCGAAUGGUGUAAUGAACAUUAUGCAUGCGGUGAAAAUAAAAAAAUAGGAUAAGAUCUAGUUACUAAAGUAAAAAUAUUUUUUUUAUUAUUUAUUAUUUAAUAUUUAUUUUAUAUCCAUAUGUGUAAGUGACAAUGUUAAAAUACGUUUAAGACAUUUUACAUCUUGACUUACGAGCUUAUUUUAUUCAAAACGUUUAUAUUACCGAAGGUAAGCUAAUAAAUUUAAUUCAAUCAUUUGUUAAUUGUAUUUUAGAAGGCGUCAUACUCAUACACUUGUGUCAUGUCUCUGUUUGCAAGAACCCAUAAACAUAAUAAAUUGUACGUUCAGAAUAAUUUAGUUAAUUUUAAUGUUAAAGCGAAUUAAUCUACUAAAAAAUUUAAAGUUAAGAAUAUUAUUUUCUUAUCUAGGUGUUUUUGAUAUUUUAAUUUUAAAGCAUUUAAAAAAAGUAAAAAGUUUUAUAAAUUUUUAA